GGUCGUGAGCGGCGUACUGGCAAAGUGGUUAAAGCGCCUGCCCUGUAACGAGGGAGUACAAUGUUCGAAGCUCGAUUCUGCUAAUUCGGUCGUCGUGAGUCGUUGGACAUGGUCAUUCAAGUUUUAAAACCUAGAUCAGAAUGGAUGUCAGUUCUUCCAAUGAAGAAGAGUCAACUCUAGACCAAACCGCUGAAAUGAGUGAGGAUAUAAACACGGAAGAAGACCUUGACCCACAAGAAUGGGAGCUGGUUGAUGAUGAAUAUGUUGUUCUUAACCUGCUUGGCUUAAUCAGUGAGGAUUUCCUAAAAACUUGUGACAGUUCUCGAGUUAAGGUUAUAGGACUCUUAGAUUCGGAAGAACCAGUUUUUCAACUGGAUCGUUUUGUAUUUGUGGGAAAGCGAGAAAAGGCUUCGGGAACUUGCGUGCUCUUUAAAGUUGAUAAAGAUGAAGAACCCUCCACAAGUGAGGAGGAAGAGUCUUCCAUCUUCCGAAAACCAGAAGAAGAUUCAGAAAAUGUUGGGAUUAAAUAUUUUUGUUGCACAGAGAAAACAUUGGUCAUGAAUCAAGCUUUUUUGAGCAAUAAAAAUGAUUGAAGACUAAUGUGACGCGUCAAAAAUAUUCAAAUCAUGUGGUUGAUGAUGUCAUAAUGGUCGAGAAUAUGACCAAGGGAGUUGAACUAAAGAUGGUAGUCUUGAAUAGUUGGAGAAAGUCAAUUUCUAUUAUGUUUUGUUUAAGCAAUCAUGUCUUUCUGAUUUUUCAUACAACUAAUACCUUUUUUUAUUCUUUAG